CUAGUGUGUGUUGCACCUAACGAGCCGGGCUGGGCCUAGCGCCGCGGGGAGGGGGCGAGCAUUGGCCCCGGCACCUGCCCGCGUCCCGUUCCCCCCCCCCCCCCCCCCCGAAAGCGAGGAGGGGGUCCCCCGUGCACGGUAGCCCCGUGCCCUUCUUCUCCACGCAACCCCAACUCGCUCUCUCCCACCUGACCGGGCGCCGCCGUCCCGCCGAACCCUCCCUCGGGCCUUUGUCCUGCCGCCAAGGCCUUGCGGGCCGCCGCCGGCCUACGCGCACCCCGGCCGCGCAAGGGUUUUUACGCGAGGCCGGGGAUCCGCGGCCUAUCCGGCCCUUCUCGCUCCCCUCUACGCCCGCCCCGGAGCCGGCGAGGGGAGAGCCCCCACCUUUCCCCCCCCCCCACCCCAACCGCUGCCACCGCCCUCCUCCCCUCCGCCCUUCUCCCCCGCGUGCAGCCUGGGUGCCCGCAGCGGCGGCGGCGCCUGGCUCACGAGAGGCCGCGGAGCCGCCCUUGGCCUCCCCCUCCCGCCCGUGCCGCUGCCGCCGCCGCAGCAGGUUCCCUCCCUCCCCUUCUCCUCCUCCUCCUGUUCCUGCCCCCGGCGGCGGCGGGAUCCGAGCGGUGCCCGGGGAGCGGUCGUCCCGGGCAGGAGGGGAGAGGGUCGGCGGCAGGAGCAGCAGCGCCAGCAGCAGAAAUGAUGGAAGAAUUGCAUAGCCUGGACCCACGAAGGCAGGAACUACUGGAGGCCAGGUUCACUGGAGUUGGGGUUGCUAAGGUUGGUGCUUCAAAUUCCCUCCCUACCCCUCCAAGCCUCCAUCCGUCAUGCUCUGCACUGGCAUUGGGUCCAUUAAAUAGUGAGUCUUCCAACCAGAGCUUGUGCAGCGUGGGUUCUCUGAGUGAUAAAGAAUUGGAGACUCCUGAGAAAAAACAGAAUGACCAGAGGAAUAGAAAAAGGAAAGCAGAAGCAUAUGAGACCAGUCAAGGAAAAGGCACUCCUAGAGGACAUAAAAUUAGUGAUUAUUUUGAGUUUGCUGGGGGAAGUGGCCCAGGAACCAGUCCAGGUAGAAGCGUUCCGCCUGUCGCCAGAUCCUCACCGCAGCAUUCCUUAUCCAACCCCUUGCCCCGGCGAGUGGAGCAGCCGCUCUAUGGGGUAGACGGCAGCACAGCAAAGGAACCGCAGGAGGAACAUUCUGCUCUGCCAACGCUGAUGUCUGUGAUGCUGGCGAAACAGAGGCUAGAGAAUGAGCAGCUGGCACAGAGGGGAGGUGGCCUCUGUUUUACUUUUGUCUCGGCCCAGCAAGGCAGCCCAUCUUCUACUGGAUCAGGGAACACUGAACAUUCCUGCACUUCCCAAAAACAGAUUUCCAUCCAGCACAAACAGUCACAGUCUGACCUCACAAUGGAAAAAAUAUCUGCACUAGAAAACAGUAAGAACUCUGACUUGGAGAAGAAGGAGGGCAGGAUAGAUGAUUUAUUAAGAGCCAACUGUGAUUUGAGACGGCAGAUAGAUGAACAGCAAAAGAUGCUGGAGAAGUACAAAGAGCGGUUGAAUAGAUGUGUAACAAUGAGCAAGAAGCUUCUUAUAGAGAAGUCAAAACAGGAGAAGAUGGCCUGCAGAGAUAAGAGCAUGCAGGAUCGAUUGAGGCUAGGUCACUUCACCACGGUGCGACACGGGGCUUCUUUCACUGAGCAGUGGACAGAUGGUUAUGCCUUCCAGAACCUCAUCAAACAACAAGAAAGGAUAAAUUCCCAACGAGAAGAAAUAGAAAGACAAAGGAAAAUGUUAGCAAAACGAAAGCCACCUGCAAUGGGUCAGACCCCUCCAGCAAGCAACGAGCAAAAACAGCGCAAGAACAAGACCAACGGAGCAGAAAAUGAAACGUUAACGUUAGCAGAGUACCACGAACAGGAGGAGAUCUUCAAACUCCGACUAGGUCAUCUUAAAAAGGAAGAAGCAGAGAUCCAGGCAGAGUUGGAACGACUAGAGAGGGUUAGAAAUCUACACAUCAGGGAAUUGAAAAGGAUACACAAUGAAGAUAAUUCACAAUUUAAAGACCAUCCAACGCUAAAUGAUAGAUAUUUGUUGCUACAUCUUCUGGGUAGAGGUGGCUUCAGUGAAGUAUAUAAGGCAUUCGAUUUAACGGAACAGAGAUAUGUAGCUGUGAAAAUACACCAGUUAAAUAAAAACUGGAGGGAUGAGAAGAAAGAAAACUAUCACAAACAUGCAUGUAGAGAGUACAGAAUUCACAAAGAACUGGAUCAUCCUCGAAUAGUUAAGCUAUACGACUACUUUUCGCUGGAUACUGACUCGUUUUGUACAGUGUUAGAAUACUGUGAGGGAAAUGAUCUGGAUUUCUACCUGAAACAGCACAAGUUAAUGUCUGAGAAAGAAGCACGAUCCAUCAUCAUGCAGAUUGUGAAUGCUUUAAAAUACCUAAAUGAAAUCAAACCUCCCAUCAUCCACUAUGACCUUAAACCAGGUAACAUCCUUCUAGUCAAUGGUACUGCAUGUGGAGAGAUAAAAAUCACAGACUUUGGCCUUUCCAAAAUCAUGGAUGAUGACAGCUACAACUCUGUUGAUGGCAUGGAACUGACAUCUCAGGGGGCUGGUACUUACUGGUAUUUGCCACCAGAAUGUUUUGUGGUUGGGAAAGAACCUCCAAAGAUUUCAAAUAAAGUCGAUGUGUGGUCAGUGGGAGUCAUCUUCUAUCAGUGUCUCUAUGGCAGAAAGCCCUUUGGUCACAACCAGUCACAACAAGACAUUCUGCAGGAGAACACAAUCCUGAAAGCUACCGAGGUGCAGUACCCUCCAAAGCCAGUAGUCACACCAGAAGCCAAGGCAUUCAUCAGGCGCUGCCUGGCCUAUCGCAAGGAGGACAGGAUAGAUGUCCAGCAGCUGGCCUGUGACCCCUACCUGCUGCCUCACAUCCGUAAAUCAGUGUCCACCAGCAGCCCAGCUGGAGCUGCCGUUGCCUCAACCUCUGGAUCAUCCAAUAACAGCUCUUCAAACUGAGACAGAGUAAUAAGCCAAAACAGAAAAACAAACCACCAAACCCCACCCAUACUGCUGGAGAAAGCAGCAAAAACAACCCAGACUGAGCAAACAGCUUUGGAACAGAGGAAUCCACAAAGGUCUCAAGAAAAACCUGCAGCAGGUGCUUUUUUGUUUGUUUGUUUCCCUUUUCUCUUGCUUUUUUUUUCCAUCCAUAGAGCAUGACAACAUCAAAUCUUCAUCAAGAAAACCUUUUGGUCAUCUAGGCCAGGCCAAGUGGAUAAAGAGAAAUGGAAAUGGCUUGAGCUUUAACCACUAAAUGACCACAAAAAAAAAAAGGUGAAUUUUAAAGGAGGGAAAGUCAAGAUAAUAUACCCAAAACCAACAAAAUAAAAAGACGUGGUUCCAUGUACUGUGAACUUCUGAACAUGCAGCCUUGGGGAAUCCAGGAUGCCAUGUGGACUUUGGAGAGAGACACACAAAACAAAGACUGGGCUAGUCCAGUGUUGAUAUUUAAACAUUGUUCUUUUUUGUUGUUGUUGUUGUUCUUUUAAUAAAGUUUAGGUAACAUCUCCUGAAAAGCUCCAAGCACCAAGAUUCAGCUGGGGAUGGUUAUAUGACUCUUUGCCCUUUGGAGGGGAAAAAAAACCGCAUUGAUCCUGCCUGUUGAUGGCACUAGAGUUAGUGUUUCACCCCUAAUUAAUUUCAGGCUUUUUUAAAAAAGAAAAUAACCUUCUUUUUGUUUUGGAAGAAAACAGUUUUGUGGUCUCCCAAGUGAAACCCUUAUUAGCAGGUUCCUUCUGGGGAUGGUGCAGCUCUCUGCUCCCUUAGGGCAACCUCUGCUGAAACCAAUUCAGCUUCUCAGGAGGGAUCCUGAAGGCCAGGAAUCACAGGUCUGUGGAGAUGUCGUGUGGAGCACAGCUCUGACUGCCACAAGCUUCUCAAGCUGCCGCUCUGUAGCUCUCACACAACAGUUGCAACUCCUUUAUUUAUUGGAAGUGCUGUUCUUUUUUUGCUCUCUGCUCUCAGGAGCAGCAUCUCUUGGCUGUUGAAAAGGCAGGCAGCAAACAGGAAAGGAUCAGAGCACAACUCCCUUGAUCCACAGGUGGGAUUUGUGCUUACCCACUACUCUGCACACCUUGUUCAGAGACAUCUCAAGCUGGGGGACUUGUCUGCCCUUCUCAAGCAGGUGAUCUGGCAGCAAAGCUUCCUCACUCCUUUAACACUUUCCUUUGACAACUUGCUGACUUUUCCUAACUCCCUACCAUGACUGCACCCCAUUUCAGAUGAGAGGGAAGGACUUAAUGUCCUCAAAGGGAGUAAGCACUCUGACCUUUAUUUGUCUCCCUUCUGGAACCUGCCUGGAGGGCUCUUUACCCCUCUUUCAGCUGGAGUUUGCCUCCUGUGGAACACAAACCCCCACUCUACCCCCCUUUUUUCUUUCCCCCUCCCUUCCCCAUUGAAGGAAAACUGAAAAGCACAGCACUUAAACAUGUGGCAGCCAGGUUGGAGUGCUCCUUGCAUGUGGCAGGACUUCAGAGCCAGAGAGAUUUAAAGAUGCAGUGUUGAAGGUUUGUCUUGGGAGGGAGCUCAGAGGUGCACUGCUGCAAUUCAGGGUGCUGUUUAAAACACAAAUGACCUUGUGUACACUUUUUAACCCCCUAUCCCGACCACCAUGGUGUGAGUUCCCCUCUGUGUGGUACCUCCAGGCUUGUGCCCACAGCUCAGCGUCUGUUUGGGGUGCUCAGGACCCCACCAGUGUCCUCAGGGCUGCGCCAUUCUCAGUCACACGCCUUCAGAGAGUAUUACCACUUGUCUGCCUUACUUUAAACCAUCAUCUGCAAAUAUUCUGUUGAAAUCCUGAUCAGGAACUUGAAGUUAACUGGAAAAGUGAGAAGCCUGUUGAAAUGAAGCAAUGGACCUGGCAAGUGGAGAACUCUACUGUGUUGAUUUGGGGCUUUUAUUGCUAUUUUUUGUAGCGACUCUUGGGCUUUUAAUUGGAUGGAUUCACUGGCAGCUGCAUUAAGGUGGUCUCUAAACUCUGAAACAGAGCAAAGGAAUAACUGUAUCUUUAAAUCCUCAGCCAUCAUUUCUUAGCCUUUUCCAUCAGUUAAGUGUUGAGCUGUUGCUCUGAUGUCCAAUUCAGCCUCUCUCAGGUGAAAUCAGGGUUGAUGCUUCACCCCAUUUUGCUGAAAUUCAUGGGUUUUGGUGUCUGUUUCACAUCAAGGAGAAUUCUAGAAGGGUUUUUUUUAUCCCAGUCCCAUUGUUUCUUGGCCAUCCAGUCUGUGCUAUCUCUGUGGGUGUGCUUAGUUUUAUGUCAGAUGCACUGAUUACCUGCUGUGUGACACCCAUCCAGGGGCCUGGGGACAAACCUUACCUGGGGCUGAUAAAGCAGUUGAAGAAAAAAACCCUUGGUAGAAUUCUGGCUGGGAUGCUUUCCUUGUUAAUAUGGGUUUCACUUCCAAUACCAGACCCUCUUGCCACACUGUUCAUUUACUUCAAGAAAGAGUGUAUGAAGAAUUUGUAACUCGAACCAGGCCAAACUGUUUUGGCUCUACCCAACAGAUGAGAU